AUGGAAGGCAUUUAUAACCAAGCGUUUUCUUCAGAAGAAAACGGUCAAGAAGUCAAUAACAACAAUUUCAAUCAAGAUGUUGAAAAAGACGUAACAAAGCCCUCUUAUCAAGAGCGUGAAAAAUGGGGCAAAGACAUUGAAUUUCUCUUCUCAUGCAUCGCUUUAAGCGUGGGAUUGGGAAAUAUUUGGAGAUUUCCUUUUGUUGCCUUGGCAAAUGGGGGUGGCGCUUUUGUAAUACCGUACAUCAUAGUUUUGGUGUUGGUUGGUCGACCAGUCUACUUCCUCGAAAUGAUGUUGGGGCAAUUUUCAAACAAGAACAGUGUAACCGUUUAUAAUUGUGUGCCAGCAUUUCGAGGUGUUGGAGUAGGACAAGUUUUUGCUACAAGUGUUGUUCUCACUUAUUACUCGUCCAUUAUGGCAAUAACAUUGAGAUAUUUAUUCGAUUCAUUUCGAAGCGAAUUACCUUGGAGCGUUUGCAGACCUGAAUGGGAGAAUUGUAUCCCAGCGAACAUUGAAAUAUCUGAGAAUACAACUUGGUCAAGUGAUGCGAGAUCAUCAGCUGAAUUAUAUUUUUUGAAAGUUGUUAUACAAGCAAGGGACAACAUAUUGGAUGGAAUUGGUUGGCCAGUGUGGAAUUUAGUCGGAUUUCUUGCACUUUCAUGGUUUGUGGUGUUCUUAGUGCUUAUAAAAGGAGUUAAAAGUGCGGGGAAAGCUUCUUACGUCCUAGCAAUCUUCCCAUAUACGAUUUUAUUGAUUCUUCUUAUUAGAAGCUUAACACUUCCAGGCGCUUUCAAGGGAAUUGAAUAUUUCUUUACACCACAAUGGGAAAAGAUUAUUCAACCAUCCGUUUGGUAUGCAGCAGUUACUCAAGUUUUCUUCUCUUUAAAUAUCUUCUUCGGUAGCAUUGUGAUGUAUGCGAGUUACAAUCGAUUUGAUAACAAGCUUUAUAGAGAUGUGAAUAUUGUAACGUCAUUAGACACUUUUACAUCACUUUUAGCUGGUUGCACAAUUUUUGGGAUUAUCGGUCAUCUCGCACAUGAGCUGGGAGUUGAAGAUGUAUCAACGGUUAUUGCACCAGGACCUGGACUAGCUUUCAUUUCUUACCCACUUGCUAUUUCGAGAUUCACCUUAUUUCCAAAUGGAUUUUCUGCAAUAUUUUUCAUCAUGCUUUAUGUCCUUGGAGUUGGCACAAGUGUAGCUAUGACUUCCGUUAUUACAACUAUUAUUAAAGAUCAUUGCCCGAAAAUAAAAAUUUGGCAAGCUGUUCUUAUUGUUGCUGUGGUUGGAACAAUAGUUGGAUCAGUUUAUUUGACACCGGGCGGCCAGUCUGUUCUUGAAUUGGUCGAUUUUUAUGGAUCAACUCUCAUAGCCUUCAUUCUAGCAAACGCACAACUUGUUGGCUUUUGUUAUAUUUAUGGCGUGAAUCGAUUGCUAAAUGACGUCAAUUUUAUGCUUGGAUAUUAUCCGAACUUUUUCUGGAAGAUAUGUUGGCGAUUUAUCACACCAAUCUUGAUGACAGCAAUCGCGAUUUAUUUCUUCAUUUUCUUCGAGAUUCCAACAGAUGGCAACUACGAGUUUCCAGCUGUGGCACAUGCAAUUGGAUGGUGUUUGACUGCAAUUGGCCUAAUUCCAUUUCCAAUAUUUGCUUUUUACAGAAUUUAUUUCAGAAAAGAGAACACCUGGUGGGAAAAAAUUAAAUCUGCAUUUAGGCCAACUGAGUCUUGGGGGCCGCGAGAUCCUGUUCUGUUGAAGAAAUACAAGGAAUCGCUUUAGCAGAAGUUCUGAAUAACUUUCUUAAUUUGCAUAAUUUCCUGUUUAUUUAAAAUCUUAAGCACGAUGCUACACGAAUUUGUAGUAUUUUGUAUUGUGAUAUGUUUACCUUUAAACAAAAACAUUAAAGAUUUAAAAUGUUUACUUAAACGCUGAGUCAUCACUUCAAAUUAAAUUAAUCAUUGAUACAGCAUGCUUGAUUCCUUCCCCGAAUAAUCAAGCAUUGUCAAAUAUUCCAAAAUGUUGAUGAAUUCUCUGUUUGAACAAUAAACUACCACUAAAAUGUUUGAUGUGUAAUCAUGACUUGAUAAAUGAGGCUUAUCGUUUGAUACACUCGUCUGUGAUUGAUAUUAAACGUGAUUGAUUUAAAAAUAAUUAAGAGCACUUAUUAAAUGGAAUAAACAAUAUGCUGAGUAAGUGAGGAAAGUUUCCCCACAAGGAAAGUCGCAAUAAAUGUUUAUGCUUUGUUUUAUGUA